AUGGGGGUUAUCUUUCUUCUUCUUCUCCUGAUGGCAGACUUCCAUCUUAAAGUGGUCACCAGCAAUGUGAAUAGUAUUAGAGCUAGAAAGACCAGACAUGCCGUCUACGAACACCUGAGAUACCUCAAGGCCGAUGUGUUUUUCUUGCAAGAGACACGCUUAAACACCUCAGGUCUCAUACGAGAGGCAGAGCGAGAGUGGCAGUCUGGUCCGUCCUUUUGGUCGAUGUCUGUGGAGCCUUAUGCCGGGGUCUCUAUCUUGUUUAACACCCAUGAUGGUGGUAGGCGUCCAAAGUUCACUUACACCUGUGCAGGACGCAGUAGUAGGAUAGAUCUGGCUCUGAACCAACUUGACAGAGUGGAUUUCUAUGAGAACAUGGCUGACUGGUGGGAGGAUGUCAAGGAGGAGAUCAGGUCCCUCUUACAGAGACUGUCAGUUAAGAAGGGGAAGAGUCAAGGUCCCACAUCGAGUCCUCCAUCAGAAGAUGUUUUCAGCACCAUAGAAAGAAUGAACAAAGGAAGCAAGAAGUCUCUUUAUCAAGGUGACAUUGCGGUGAAGGAGGGGCGCAGCGCUAUUACUUGCACUACUGGGAACUGUUUCUGGCCAAAAGCAAGCAAUGGUUUGGUCUCGAUACCCUACACACUGGAUCCUCAGUUCACAAGCAUCGACAGAAAUGUUAUAGCAAAGGCCAUGCUGGAAUUCUCCACAUUGACUUGUAUCAAUUUUGUGCCACGUACUAAAGAAGCCGAUUAUCUGAAUGUUAUCUCCGAUGUUGGAUGUUAUUCUUCACUGGGCCGUGUGGGAGGACCCCAGGACGUGUCUCUGGACAGGAAUGGGUGUGUAUUGCACGGGGUCGUACAGCACGAAUUCAACCACGCCGUCGGCUUCCAACAUGAGCACAGCAGGAGCGAUCGCGAUUCCUACGUCAAGAUAUUGUGGCAAAAUAUAGUUCCUGGAUACAAUGCAAGCUUUGCUAAAGCCAACACCAACAACCUGGGCCUGGAAUAUGACUACUCCUCUGUGAUGCAUUAUGGGAAAUACUCAUUUGCCUCUAAUAACUAUGGACAGACCAUUCAGCCCAUUCCCAAUAACAACGUCGACAUUGGGCAGAGAAUUGGACUGAGCAGCCUGGACGUAGCCAAAAUUAACAGGCUGUAUAACUGCAAUGUCUGCUCCUCUGUGCUCUCCAGUAAUAGCGGUGUCUUCUUCUCCGCAUCAAACCCUUCAAAUUACCCGAAUAACUACAACUGCUCUUGGCUCAUCCGGAUUCCAAAUAACCAGGUUCUCCUGCAGUUUAAGGCUUUUGAUGUGCAGUCCACCCCCGGCUGCACCGCAGAUUACAUCAGGGUGUUUGAUGGCCCCAGCCGGGCGUCACCUCUGCUGCUGGACAGGUCAUGUGGAACUGGGCAGCUGCCGUCACUGGUGUCCUCUGACACCACCAUGCUGGUGGAGUUUGUCACUGACAGUUCUUUCAACGCAACUGGCUUCAGAGCAUCCUACAGCACAGUGAACUGCGGAGGAACCUUUACUGCGCCAAUCGGGAUCAUAUCCAGUCCAGGGUACGAUCAACAGCAAAUGUACCCCCCACUCAGUGACUGCACCUGGACAAUCCUGGCUCCAGUGGGUUAUAGAGUGCAGCUGGCUUUUGCUGACUUCAGCUUGGAGGCCAGUACCCCGUGCUCCUAUGAUUCCCUGGAGAUCAGAGAUGGUAUGCUGUCCACGUCUCCUCUCCUGGGCAAUGCCUACUGUGGCACUACCACUAUCCAGCCUCUGUCUUCCACCAACAAUGCCCUGUUACUCCAUUUCCAAAGUGAUGGCUCUGUAGAGAGCACUGGGUUCCAAGCAAAAUACUAUUUUGGUAAGAGCUAUCACAGAUAUCGGCCGGUGAUCUUGUGGAACCUGCUGCUGUUUUUCAGGUCGGUGGAGAAGUUGGGAGCCCGGGGCAGAUCAGGCAGAGCAGAGUGCAGCCGCACCUCCCGCAUUGGGAGUGACGUCCAGGAGGCGAGUCCUCCCCUUCCCCGGAGAGCCCCUCAUCCCCGCUCAUUGAGAGAAGCUGCCGCUGAUCACACUCCAGCCUCGGCACUCCAAGAACUAGGAAGACGGCUGCCCAGACUGGAGCUGGCAGCAGAGCUGUGCCAUGCAGUGACCAUGCCACACUGA